AUGCACUCAUGCCCCCGUGCGCCAUGCCCCCAUGUGCCCACCCACCCAUGCUCCCAUCCGCCAGUGGUGUUGGGAGAGUUUGCCAACUUUGCGGCGUAUGCCUUUGCACAAGCCAUCCUCGUCACACCACUGGGUGCUCUCAGCAUCAUCAGGGCGCAUGCUACUGUAUGUGAACUGCACGUGCUGGGGUGGCUGUUGACGCGCCUCAAAUUCCUUUCCCCCCUCCGCCGCCCCUCCCAGCGUCAUACUAGCGCACUUGCUGCUGGACGAGAAGCUGCACGUGCUGGGGUGGCUGGCUGGCUGUUGACGCACAUCUCAAUCUCUUCCCCUCCUCCCAUCCCGUUCCCCCCCAUCGCCCCCUUUGCCGCCUCUCCCAGCGCCAUACUAGCGCACAUGCUACUGGAUGAGAAGCUCCACGUGCUGGGGUGGCUGGGGGCGACGCUGUGUGUGGUGGGGUCCAUAGCCAUCGUGCUGCACACCCCCCAAGAGAUGGAGAUUGAUAACGUCAAGCAGCUCUGGGCGCUCGCUACUGAACCAGGAUAUGGCAGCAUGGGCAGCAUGUCUUUUGUCAACUACUCUUUGCUCAUGCCAUGUGUGCCUGCCGCGACUGCGGUGUGUCCACUGCGCAUGUCCCUGUGUGAGCUGCCAGGUGGCGAGCUGCAAGGCCCUAGGGAUUGCCGUGAAGCUGACCUUUCCCUAGACAUGUUCAACACAGCAAUGGUAACGCCCAUAUACUACGUCAUGUUCACCACGCUCACCAUAGUGGCGUCGGUCAUAAUGUACAAGGACUGGGCGGGGAAGAUGGCAGAGCAAGUGCUCAUGGAGUUCUGCGGCUUCCUCACCAUCCUCAUCGGCACCUACCUGCUCCACGCCACCAAGGACUUUGCGGGCGACUCCUCCCGCCUGCACCUUUUUGACCCCUCUGCUCGUACGUGCUCUCCCUUCCCCUUCUCUCCCAUGUGCUCUCUCUUCCCAUCUACCCGAGUCACGCCUGCCAAGAACCCGACAGCCCUCAAGGGGCACAUAGGGCUGGGCACCAUGCCGUCAGGAGGCUCCAAGGAUGGGAUUGAACUCGCGCCGGCCUUAUUCCGUCCCCCCCGCCCAUCACCCACCCCUUCGUAUUCGCGCUUGCCUCGAUACACUCUCUCGUCGCCCACCCCGUUUUUCCCAUUUCGUCCCAUCGCUUGCACGCUCUCCCCUCCUGUCCUGCCGCCCUCUCUCUCACCCCUCCCUUCCCGUCGCGCUCUCUCUCUCUCCGCGCCCUUCUCGUCGCCCUCUCUCUCGCCCCUCUCUUCCCGUCGCGCUCUCUCUAUCCGCGCCCUUCCCGUCGCCUCCCUUCCCAUCGCGCUCUCUCUCUCCCCUCCCUUCCCGUCGCCCUUUCUCUCCCCCCUCCCUUCCCAUCGCGCUCUCUCUCUCUCCGCUCCCUUUCCGUCGCCCUCUCUCCCGUCGCCCUCUCUCCCAUCGCCAGCACUCUCUCCUUCGCUCUGUCUCGUCGCCCUCUCUCCCAUCGCCCUCUCUCCCAUUGCCCUCGCUCUCUUCUUCGCUCUGUCUCGUCGCCCUCUCUCCCGUCGCCCUCUCUUCCGUCGCCCUCUCUCCCAUCGCCCUCUAUCUCUCACGUCGCCCUCGCUCUGUCCCGUCGCCCACGCUCUCUCCCGUCGCCCCCGCUCUCUCCCGUCGCCUCGCGAAAUUCUCUGCCGUCUCGUAUCUCUCCCCUCCAUUUCCGUCGCCCGUGCUCUCUCCCCUCUAUUCCCGUCGCCCUCGCGUUCUCCCCUCCCUUUCGAUUGCCCUCGCUCUCUUCCCUCCCUAUCCGUCUCCCUUGCUCUCUCCCCUCCCUUUCCGUCGCCCUCGCUCCACCUCAUCUGA